AUGAGGUCUCCCUUCAAGUGGGUAACAGUAUGGGCACCAACUCCUCAACCUACUGAGGAGGCAGAUAUGCCGCCUUAUCCGUUUCGUGGGGUCGCUUUUCAGAAUACCACCAUCCGACAGACGUUGAGAGUGACAGCCAGCGGUGACUGUAUCCGGGUUCGCCUGUCCAACUUGUUUGGAUUGGAGACAUUGCACAUCUCAAGAGCUGUGAUUGCUGUUCCUCGGCCACACGACCCGCUCGCUCCUGGUGGUUCUCCCUCGAUCUUCAAGGAAACAGCACAGUGGGUCCUGUUUGAUGGCGAACAACAGAUCUCAGUGCCUGGAGGCUCCCACGUGGUAUCAGACAGCUUCAAUUUCCCAAUCCAAGCGGGACAGGUCUUAUCGAUUACCAUCUUUCUCCAGAAAGGCCAUCAUUCUCGACAGAUCACCUCCCACCCAGGCAGUCGCACAGACUCCUGGCUCUGUCAUGGCGACCAGUCGAUGGCAUCUGAACUCUCUGGGCCUGAUUUACAGUCGUCGACACAUUGGUAUUUCCUCUCUGGAGUCGAAAUGUGUCUCGAUGCUGCUCAUCACGGAACCCUGGUUCUCCUGGGCGACAGCAUAACUGACGGGCGCUGUAGCACAGAUAACGCAAACGACCGCUGGCCAGACCUUCUAUUCGACCGUAUGCAGCAACAUCCAUUCGCGCAGAAUAUUGCCAUUAUCAACCAGGCCGUGGGGGGCGGAAGGGUUCUGCAAGAUGGCAAAGGACCAAGCCUUUUGAGUCGUGUAGAUCGUGACGCGAUCUCUCAGCCAGGUCGACGCUACAUCUUGGUUUUUCAUGGGGUGAAUGACAUUGGGACGGCAGAGUCUAACCUCGUCUCUUUACAAGAGGUCACAAAAGCUCUGAAAAAGGCAUAUCGCCAGAUUGUUUCGCGCUGCCAUGCGCACGGCUUGUACGUCUUGGGAGCCACUAUUGGGCCAAUGGGUGGUAACAAGCCUUAUGGAACCUGUGAAUUACGUGAAAGGGCGCGCCAGGACGUUAACGAAUGGAUCCGGAAGUCUGGCAUAUUUGAUGCCGUGGUAGACUUUGACUACGUCCUGCGAUCUACUAAGGAUGCUAGUCGACUGAAGGAAGAGUACAACUCCGGAGACCAGUUGCACCCAAACGUUGCAGCGUUCGGAGCAAUGGCAGCUUCCUUUCCAUUGGAUGUUUUUGCGCAGUUUGGCCCAAUUGAGGCUUCUGGCUGUGAGCUUAUACCACGCAGUGCUUGA